AUGAGCGAUGAUGAUGAGGACUUUGAGUAUGACGCAGAUGGUGAUAUACGUCCAAGAAGUACAAAGGUCUUCUUUAAGGACAGACCAACUGUCAAGGAUAGGAUAUGUGGUCUAGUCACAACAAUGACCGCAACCAACACUCGCAAGGCAUUCUUGCUCACACUUGUAUUCAUAGUACUAGCCAGUAUCACUAUUGGUGUAUCCUUUGCAACAAAGUCAAAUGUGCCAAAGAUACCAAUUCUCAUGUAUGACGAUGUCAGACUACCAAACUGGACAAGACCAUUGCAUUACUUGGUGCAUACUACAACAUAUUUGAACAACUUUACAUUCACUGGAGAUAUUGUGAUCACAUUGAGAAUCACUGCCAAGGACAAGAACUUCAUUGUUGUACAUGGUGAUGGACUGAAUUUGACAUCUAUCCACUUGGCAGUGGCCCAGACGCCACUUAAUACAUCCUAUCCAACAUCGUUUGUGCCGCCCAGCGAUUCUGUGCAGCCAUCCAAGGUCACCUACAACGAGACCAACUCAUACUAUGUUCUGCAGUUUGAUCAGCUGCCUGGUUGGCUCUCCAAGGACAAGGAGUACUUCAACCUUUACAUGAGCUACAGCUCCAACUUGACCGACUCACUCAAGGGCUACUACCGCUCGAGAUACUAUGAUGACAAUCAGGAGAAGUAUCUUGCCAUGACUCAGUUUGAGCCGACGGACGCACGUGCGGCAUUCCCAUGCAUGGACGAGCCCGCCAUGAAGGCCAACUGGACCAUCUGGAUGAAUGUCGAUCCAGCCUACACGGCAUCCUCCAACAUGCCCGAGCGCAACAUCUCCACAACAAGCAAUGGACGCAAGCUUGUAAAGUUUGAGACGUCGCCUCCAAUGUCAUCAUACUUGGUGGCCUAUCUCACUCAUCAGUUUGACAACAAUGUAGCCAUCAUGACAUCACCGAUUGGAGGAAACAACAUCACAGUUCGCGUGUGGGCUCCCAAGCGUCUGAAGGACUACACUGGCUACGCCCUUGAAAUGGCACAAAAGUCAAUCAAAUUCUACACCAAGUACUUUGAGAUACCCUAUCCUCUUCAAAAGAUGGAUCUGUUUGGUGUUGCUGACUUUGCAGCAGGUGCCAUGGAGAACUGGGGCUGUAUCACAUUCAGAGAGCAAGACUUGUUGUAUACUAAUACAACUGGCUCUGUGGAAGAGAAGCAACGUGUUGCUGAUGUAGUGGCACAUGAGCUUGCACAUCAAUGGUUCGGUAAUCUUGUGACAAUGAAGUGGUGGAAUGACCUCUGGCUCAACGAAGGAUUCGCAACAUUCAUGUCUUACAAGUGUCUUCACAACAUUACUACAGAGUUUGAUAGUUCCACAGACUUCUUGGUAGUGAUCAAGAUACUUGGACAAGCCAUGGACUCAACAGCCAACACCCAUCCAAUAUCCAAUAACUAUGUCAGAGUCGUUGAUAUUGAGAACUCAUUCGAUGCUAUAACUUAUAACAAGGCCGCAAGUGUUCUUAUGAUGCUUAAUGGAAUGCUUCAGGAUGGCGACAAUGAUAACUUCCGCAAGGGUAUCAGUGACUACCUAAAGACAUUCAGUUAUCAGAAUGCAGAGACUACUGAUCUAUGGAGAUGUCUAACAAAGGCUACCAAUGGCACUUCCAACGUCAGCUCAAUCAUGAGUGAUUGGGUGUACAAGUCUGGAAUGCCAAUGGUCAGCGUCACCAACACCACUGCCACUGCACUGGACAUCAAACAACAUCGAUACAUUGCAGACUUUGGUGUGACUGCCAACGACUCGACCGUCUGGCAGAUCCCCAUCUCCUACCAGUCCACCUGCACGCCAGACUCCAAGAUCACAUUCAGCAACAAAUCAGAAACAUUGACAAUCAAGGCUGAUUGUAAUGCAUUCGUGUUGAAUAAUAAGGCCAGUGGAUUCUACAGGACAAAGUAUGAUAAUGGAAUGUUUGAUGAUAUCUACAAUGACUACUUGUUGAGCGAGCCCAACAAGUUGGACCCACUCGGUGUGAUCCAGUUCAUCGACGAUCAGUUCUUCUUUGCCAAGUCUGGCCUGCUCCCACCUUCUGACUACCUGAGGAUGAUCACAUUCGCCAACACGACAAGCGCCACCAAUCCGGCCUACUGGCGAGUGAUCAUGUCGGGCAUGGACUACAUCAGCGCACGUCUGCGUGACCAGCUGUGCAACCCAGAGCACCGCCAGUUCACCGAGACACUCUUUACCAAUCUACUGACGGCCGUCAACAUCACUGAGCCAGGCGUCACCAAUGAGGAGAAGUUGACUCGCAAGGUCACCAUCGAGGUGGCCAACAAGGGCCAGGUGCCAGAGGUGAUCAAAUAUCUACGUGACACUUGGAUGGCACACAAGGACAACACGACCAACAUCGAUCCAAACAUCAGACGCUCUGUAUACGCUUCAAUUGUAUACAAUGGUGAUCGAACCGAGUACAACUGGGUGUUGAGCAGAUACCUAGACAAUGCAACGACCACCAACGAAAAGACCGAUGCACUCCUGGCACUAGGUGUGCCACAGAGGAGUUAUCUAAUCGAGUCCUCUCUUGGACUUGUUAAGAAUAACAAGAUUAGGAAUCAAGAUCUCUUCUACAUAUUUAGAAGUUUGACAAGCAACAAGGUUGCCAUCACAAGAGUUUGGUUAUUCUUUAAAGAGAAUUAUGAUUUCCUUCUGACCAAUUUACAAGGAUCUAAACUUGGAGAGUUCUUACAUAACAUCGCCAAUCAAUUGGAUACAACAGCAUUACAGACCGAGUUCAAUCAGUUCAUCAAAGGAAACACCGAUAUACCACAAUUGACAAUUGACUCUAGCAAAUCUGCAAUAGAGACCAAUAUCAAAUGGAUCAAUGCCAAUGUAAAUGAUGUAUGCCAGUGGUACAGUACCAUUGUUCCUUUACCAUAA